GCAAAGGUGGCUGCCGAGGUGGGCGUGGAGGUCAGGUGACCCGGCCGGCGUCCCAAGAUGGCGGCAGCGGCGGCGCCCGGAAGGCCGCGGCGGCGUCCCGGCUGCUAAGGCGGGCCCCAGGCGGCUGGCAGCGGACAGGUCGGACCUAGUGCUGGAGGACUGGCGGCAGCCGCCUCUGCGCGGACCAAGCCUGGGCCGUGAGGCGGCGGUGGCGCCAGGGGAUGCUCUUGCUGGGCCCGGCCUCUCCCUCAACUUAGGGCGGCGGCGGGCCCGCGCCCCUGGCUCCCGGGCCAUGGCGCUGAGGGAGCUCAAAGUGUGUCUGCUGGGGGUGUAGGUAAAUCGAGUAUUGUGUGGCGGUUUGUGGAAGACAGUUUUGAUCCAAACAUCAACCCAACAAUAGGAGAACUGGAACUGCUGUUUCCUUAUUGCUGACAGAUGCAAAAGUUUGGACCUUAAAAUGAUACCUGCUUCUGUUGGCACUUCUGGGGCAUCUUUUAUGACCAAGACUGUCCAGUACCAAAAUGAGCUACAUAAAUUCCUAAUCUGGGAUACAGCUGGACAAGAACGAUUUCGUGCCUUAGCACCAAUGUACUAUCGAGGGUCGGCCGCAGCUAUAAUCGUUUAUGAUAUCACAAAAGAAGAGACAUUUUCAACAUUAAAGAAUUGGGUGAAAGAGCUUCGACAGCAUGGCCCACCUAAUAUUGUAGUUGCCAUUGCAGGAAAUAAGUGUGAUCUUAUUGAUGUAAGAGAAGUCAUGGAGAGAGAUGCAAAGGACUACGCCGACUCUAUUCAUGCAAUUUUUGUAGAGACCAGCGCAAAAAACGCGAUAAACAUAAAUGAACUCUUUAUAGAAAUUAGUCGAAGAAUUCCAUCCACUGACGCCAACCCGCCAUCUGGCGGUAAGGGCUUCAAACUCCGAAGACAGCCUUCAGAGCCAAAGCGCAGCUGCUGCUGACCGAACCUCAGCCUCUCAGACUUGAUGAUGAAGUUGGUGGUCCUGACAGUUAGCAGGAGGGCUGGGGUCCUGCCACCAGUUUCCACCUAGCCGGUCUUGAGUCUUCUCCGUGCAAAAAGGAUUCAUAGAUAUUGACCAGUCUCUUCUCCAAAGACUGCAGCAAUGAUAUUUCAGUCUGUGGACUUCUAUUAUGUAAAGAAUCUCUAGUGUACAAAGGGACUACAUCACUGGCUUUUGACUUUGCUGAAAAGGAACAUAUAAUUGUAUGGAUGGUAAGAUUAAAUUGUUGAGUAGUUUUGUAAUCAAGAUUUUAUGUAACAUUUGUAAAGGGAAAAUUAGCACUUUUGUGGUUCUUAAGGGAAAAAAAAGACCUUGUGGAGAUUAUAAUUUCCUUGGUUUCUGUUACCACUGUUAGAGGGAGUUGUAUCAUUUAUAGUAGGAUGGUCUAAGUGGAGAAAGGACAAUUAUUAUCUGAAGCUAAAAUGGGUUAUUUAUAGGACUGAUGGAAAUGACUUCAUCUCUGCCAUCUCUAAAGCACUUUUCAUUGCCUAUGUUAGCCUAGGAUACGUACAGUAAAUUAGCAAUGAUAGCAGCAGAUCCCUAGCUCACCCUGGGUUUGCUUCUGACCUCGUCAUGUGUGUGCCACCAAACAUGUUAUUGGCACCUUUUUAAAAUAAGCUCUCAUGAUCAAGAUGGUGAUGGUAGAGAAGCUGCCUGGAAUAAAUUGAGUUUCAUGUGUUCUAACUGACUAGCAAUUGUUUAAAAAGGAAGAAGAGAGGAAGUAAAGAAGUUGGUGUAAAUGCUGUCAAUUUUUUUUUUAACCCAAGUAUUUUGAUGGGGAAAAACAAGUAUCUGUUGCUUAGCGUAUGUAAAGUUGUAGCCUAUAUUUAUGAGGCCAUUGCUUAAAGAUUAUAAGUUAUGUAAAUACAUUAAUAAAUUCUAAGUUUCAUUUGACAUUCCAUUGAAUCUUGCACCCAGUCUUGCGUAUGCCCGCCCAGUUUUCAGCCUCUUAACGGGAGACUCAAGCACACUGGUAUUGUAUAAAGGCAUAGAGCACUUAGCGUCAGUCUUUAAAGGUUUCUCUGCCUUCCUUGCCACCCACCCGCCUCCUGCCAGAUCCCGUCUGUAAAUCAUAAUAAAGACAUAUGCCACUUUGACAAGCCUGACUAGUCCUUACGAGCCUGGGGGUAAAAGAUUAAGCUCCAAUUUCAAGUCAUUUACCUGGUCUUGAUAAUAAGUUUCUCUUAGCUUGUACAGCAGCCUCAGACCAGCUGUUUCAGGAGAGCUUUCCUUGUUAACAAUUUAGCUGAUCUUUCUGUUUCCUUUAUUUUCCCCUGCCUCUGUUAGUGGUUAACACUCUUUUCCCUCAGGGAGCCUAAUGAGAUUUUUAAUAUAAUCUAAAAAUAAAGCAUUGAAGUGAAGUUGGUGAAAA